GUUCCUUUCCAAUCAGAGCGCUUCCUCCCCAGACCACUCCCCUGCCUCAGUCAGAUUUAUAGUGUCCGUGCGCCCAACGUUAAUGUCACUUCAGCUACUCAAAGUCUGAGCAGUCAGGGGUCCAUUCAGCUCUGGAAUUAUGGCACCAACAAAGAAGGGAAUUUUGGAGCGUCUGAACGCCGGUGAGAUCGUGAUCGGCGAUGGAGGUUUUGUGUUUGCCCUGGAGAAGAGAGGCUACGUGAAGGCCGGUCCCUGGACCCCUGAAGCUGCUGCUGAAUAUCCUGAAGCAGUGAGACAGUUGCACAGGGAGUUCCUGAGGGCUGGGUCUAACGUUAUGCAGACCUUCACCUUCUACGCAAGUGACGACAAACUGGAGAACAGAGGCAACAAGCCCAGAUUCACUGGAACUCAGAUCAACGAGGCCGCCUGUGAUUUGGCCCGUGAGGUCGCCAAUGAGGGCGACGCCCUGGUUGCUGGAGGAGUGUCUCAGACUCCAUCCUACCUGAGCUGCAAGAGUGAGAAAGAGGUGAAGGCCAUUUUCAAGAGACAACUGGAUGUCUUCAUCAAGAAGGACGUGGACUUCCUGAUUGCUGAGUACUUUGAACAUGUUGAAGAGGCCGUGUGGGCUGUGGAGGUGCUGAAGGAAACAGGGAAACCUGUGGCUGCCUCUCUGUGCAUUGGACCAGAGGGAGACAUGCACGGUGUCUCACCUGCAGAAUGUGCAGUCAGGCUGGUCAAAGCUGGUGCCCAGAUUGUUGGAAUCAACUGCCACUUUGACCCCUUGACCAGUGUGGAGGCUGUGAAGAUGAUGAAGGAGGGAGUGGAAAAAGCUGGGCUCAAGGCCCAUUACAUGGUUCAGCCCUUGGCUUACCACACCCCCGACUGCAACUGCCAAGGAUUCAUUGAUCUGCCUGAGUUCCCCUUCGGUCUGGAGCCCAGAAUCCUGACCCGCUGGGACAUGCACAAAUACGCCAGAGAGGCCUACAACGCUGGCAUUCGCUUUAUUGGCGGCUGCUGUGGUUUUGAGCCUUACCACAUCAGGGCCGUAGCAGAGGAGUUGGCCGUCGAGAGAGGAUUGCUUCCAGCUGCAUCAGAGAAACACGGCAGCUGGGGCGCUGGACUGGAGAUGCACACCAAGCCCUGGGUCAGAGCCAGGGCCCGCCGUAACUACUGGGAGAACCUGAAGCCAGCCUCUGGUCGUCCCCUGUGUCCCUCUCUGUCUAAGCCCGAUAGCUGGGGUGUGACUAAGGGCGACAAUGCUCUCCUGCAGCAGAAAGAGGCCACAACAAAAGAGCAACUCAAACAGCUGUUUGAUAGGUCAAAGAGCCAAUGAAUAUCUCUGUCGCUGUCACACCUGACAUGCACUGUAUAAAACAGUACUGCAUCAAACCCACACUGUGCCAGAGGCUGACUCCUGACUUGAGAGUGGCACCUGUCAUGUGCCCCUGUUGAUAGUUGAACUGUACAUUAUGUGAAACCACAGAGGUCUCUCAGGUCAUGAGUCGUCCAUAGCGCAGACUAGUUUGUGUAAGAAACUAAAAGCCAAUAAAAUGUACAUUUGGUUACUUCAAAAUAAAUGAUGUGCAGG